UGAAGCCAUGAAGUAUUCAAUUGAGCUAUUUGAUGGCAAGAAUGACUUUGCUCUAUGGCAAAGCACUGUGAAGGAUGUCCUUACUUGUCAAGGACUUGAUGCAGCUUUAGAAGAGACCAAGCCGGCUGAGAUGAAGGAUAGUGAUUGGAGUACUAUCCAAAAGAAGGCAGCAAGUCAAAUUCGAAUGGCGCUUGCACCAGAGGUGAAAUACAACGUCCUUUCAAAGACUACUCCAAUAGGCAUGUGGAAGAAGCUUGAAGAGAUAUAUGCUUCAAAAUCUUUAACCAAUCGGUUGUGUUUAAAGAUGGAGCUAUGUCAAUUGAAAAUGGCAGAAGGCACAAAUAUUCAUAAGCACUUAUCUGAUUUCAACAUAAUGAUGACGCAAGUAGUGAAUGCCGGGGACAUUCUAGAAGAAGAGGAGAAGGCCUUGCUUUAACUUGCAUCCUUGCCAAAGUCUUACAAGUCCCUAGUGUAGAGUAUGCUAGUGG